AUGCUGGCGGGAGCCCUGCGCUGCCUCGUGCUCCUCUGCCUGGUUGAGGAGAGCAUCAGCAAAGUCCGGAGGUACUACAUCGGGGCCGUGGAGACCGCCUGGGACUACACACACAGCGACCUGCUCUCCGUGCUGCAAACACCUGCGGGCGUGUCAGGGCUGCCGGGACCUCAGCCCCCCGCACCCGGUGCCCUUCCACAUUACAGGAAGGCGGUGUUUGUGGAGUUCCCCGAUGCCUCCUUCACACAGCCCAAGUCCAAGCCGGCGUGGAUGGGUCUCCUGGGCCCCACCAUCCGAGCAGAAGUGUAUGACACAGUGGUCAUCACCUUCAAGAACCUGGCCUCCCGCCCGUACAACCUCCACGCCAUCGGGGUGUCCUACUGGAAGGCGUCAGAGGGUGCAGGGUACGAGGAUGAAACCAGCCAGCUAGAGAAGGAGGGCGACAGGGUGGAUCCGGGGAAGACGCACACCUACAUCUGGGAAAUCCAGCAAAACCAGGGCCCCACAGACGGUGACUCACCAUGCCUGACCCACUCCUACUCCUCCAACAUCGACAGCGUGAAGGACACCAACUCCGGUUUGAUUGGAGCCCUGCUCGUGUGCCGGCCUGGGACCCUGGUGAGCGAUGGGACCCAGGACACGCAGCAAGACCUUGUGAUGCUGUUCGCAGUGUUUGAUGAAGGGAGAAGCUGGUACUCUGAGCCCGACCCUCCGGCAGCUCCUCAGCCCCUGCCCCACACCAGGGAGGAGCUGCACACCAUCAACGGCUACGUCAACGGCUCGCUGCCCGGUCUCACGCUGUGCCUCAAGAAGCAGGUCCACUGGCACGUGAUAGGCUUGGGCACUGGGCCAGAAGUGCACUCCGUCUUCUUUGAGGGACACACGUUUCUGGUGAGGGGCCACCGUCUCAGCAGCCUAGAAAUCUCCCCUGCCACGUAUCUCACAGCUCAGACCAUGCCAGGAACAGCCGGUCAGUUUCGGUUGUUCUGCCAGAUACCGUCCCACCAGCAAGCCGGCAUGGAGGCCCUUGUGAAGGUGGAGCAUUGCCCGGAGGAGCGCCUGCUGAAGAUGGGGCAGCUGUCAGAUGAGCCAGAGGAGGUGGAGGACCAUGAGGAAGAAGAAGGAGAAGAAGAGGAAGCUUACCAUGUGAUCCAAGUGCGCUCUUUUGCCAAGAAGGACCCUGUGACCUGGACCCAUUACAUCGCGGCUGAGGAAAUGGACUGGGACUACGCCCCUGUGAAGCCGGCAUCUCUGGAUAGAAACACCACGAGCCUGUUCCUGGAGGCUGGCCCUCAGCGGAUUGGUUCAAAGUAUAAGAAAGUGAUGUUUGUGGAAUAUGAGGAUGCAGCCUUCAAGAAGCGCAAGGUGUCGUUCCAAGCAGAUAAGGGAAUUCUGGGACCUGUCCUGAAGGGGGAGGUUGGAGAUCAGUUUAAGAUUGUGUUCAGGAAUCUGGCAAGCCGACCGUACAACAUCUACCCUCACGGCCUCACCAGCGUAAGGCCGUACCACGCUAUGAAGUCCUCUCAAGUUAAGGACGUGAAGGACAUACCUAUUGCCCCUGGCCAGUCCUUCACCUACAGCUGGAGGGUCACGACAGAGGAUGGGCCAACGCAAGCGGAUCCUCGCUGCCUCACCCGCUUCUACUACAGCUCCGUCAACCCGGCACGGGACACAGCCUCAGGCCUGAUUGGGCCCCUCCUGAUCUGCUUCAAGAAGUCCAUGGACCAGAGAGGAAAUCAGAUAAUGUCGGAUGAGACAAGGCUGGUGCUGUUUUCGGUCUUCGAUGAGAACCGCAGCUGGUACCUGGAGGAGAACAUCAGGCGGUUCUGCACCGACGCAGCCCACGUGGAUACCCAGGACCCCCAGUUUUAUGCCUCCAAUGUGAUGCACACUAUUAAUGGCUUUGUCUUUGACAACCUGCAUCUGAACCUCUGCCUGCAUGAAGUUGUGUACUGGUAUGUCCUGAGCGUUGGGGCCCAGACAGACUUCCUCUCCGUCUUCUUCUCUGGAAACACAUUCAAGCGCAACAUGGUCUUUGAGGACGUGCUUACCCUUUUCCCAUUUUCUGGAGAAACUGUCUUCAUGAGCGUGGAAAAGCCAGGCACUUGGACACUGGGGUGCCUGAAUCCUGAUUUCAGAGACCGAGGGAUGCAUGCCAAGUUCACAGUCUCUCAGUGCCAGCAUGAGGAAUACCCUGAUGAGGAAGAUUAUGCGGCUUAUGAAGAAGAUACCUUUGACCCCCAACCAAGGGGCUUCUCUAAGAGGAGGAGAUGGCGCAGACCAUGUGUGAGUGAGCAGCUGAACAAUGUCACCUCUUCCAAAAAUGAGACGGGGAAGCCAAGAUUGUGCUUGACAGAACCCAGCCACGGGGCCCUCCCGAGCAAUGGCAGUAUUUCUGGUCCCUCUUCCAAUGGCACAUCAACAUUUUCGGGUAACCCACAUCCAGCUGAUAUUUCCCCACCUCUGCCGGAGACAAACUAUGAUCUAGUGUCCUACGAAUCCUUCUUAGAAGACGAAGAAGAAUUGUCAAAAUACAUCAGCCAGGACCAAGGGGCUCUCCCCUCUGGGGAACGCUUGGCAAGCAGCAGUGGAGAGGUCCAUGGUGCUGCUAGCUCCGAAGCAGGUCAGAAACAGCUGCACCAAGCUACAUCGGCUCCAGAUGAUAUGGUGGGAAAUAAGGUGACAAAUAUCUUAGAAGUACAGGAGCCAGUAAAAGAGAUAAUGGUCCAGUCUGGCGGUACGUUAGAGAUCCUGGAAGCAGAGCCUCAGAAGACAACAGCUCACACAGCGGGCCUGCGGGACUCAGCUGCCUUUGCUGCUGGUGAAGGUUCUCCUCAAGGGACCUGGAGCUCAUUUCACCAGAACGACCUGGAGCACAGUCUGGGACUUCAAGACACAUCUUCACAGAGUGCUGAUGAAAUGCCCUUAAAUCUCCAUGAGUCAAGGGAGACAAUCAAUAUGGAGCUGGCUUUAAGCACUGACCCAAACUCCUCCCUCACACUGGCCAGUUCUUCAGCACCCUCAGACAAGCCAGGGGACAGCAGAACUUCCCGCACUGGGUCUCAGAGACACACUGGAGAAGGCAGUCAUUCCUCAAAGGAGUUAGAUGCUAGGCUGGAAAAAAGACCUCACAAAGUGCUUUCACAAGGCUUUAAUGAAUCUUUUGAAGGGGAAAAUGUUUCUUUCCCAGACCUGGGACCCCGAAGGCCUGUAGAAGAGCAAAUCCUUACAGAUGUGAGUAACUCCUUGCCUGCAAAAAGUGGCACAGAAGAAGCCAGUGAACUUGCCAAAGGCACAAGCCUUCUCGAAGCCACCUUUGCACACAGCAAUGACCUUGAGCCUUCCAGCUACCUGACGACAGAAGAGAGGGAUGAGUUAAUCCUGGAGGCAGUGUUUCAGGGUGCUAUGGCCACUAAGGAACUGCCAGAGACAGACAGACUUGUCAUUUCUGAACCUAACCUUGUGGCCAAUGACACAAGGCAGCACCCAAAUGAUUUCUCAAACAGCCCUGAGCAGUUUCAGGGACCUGGAGCUCCAGCCCUGAGCACGGGCAGCCCCGACUGGAGGCCCCGACAAGCCAGGUCACUGCAGGGCAGAGGCUUGGUGUGGGGUCUGGGCCUUCCAGGCACCACUUCUCCUGGCAGCAGGGUGUCCCCCUCUGCAGAUAACAGAGCAGAGCAGGAUCUGCGCAGUGGCAGCUCCCUCCCCACACAGGCAGUGCCAGCAGCUGGCAGCUCAGGACCGCAGGAUGGUGCCGUGGCCGCAGACCUGGCCUCAAACUGGGACCCAGUCUCAGCAGUGGCAGCGGGGCACACUGGGGGCUUGCAGAGCCCAGCUCUGGCCGAGCUGCAGCCAGGCAGAGGGGCUGCUUGGGGGGCUCCAUGGGGCGAGCAGGCUCAGGGGAGAAGCCAGAUGGAGGAGGAGACAAAUGCCGUGGAGCAGCCGGGUCUGGAGAGGGCCUGGUUCAGUCCCCGGCCGCAGCAGCUGGAGGCCAAUGCCACAAAGGGCUCUGUGCCUGAGAUCACCUCUGGGCAAAGCCCAGAGGAAAUCCCUGUGAAACUGGCCUCCGAGGAGAACUAUUCCCUGCCUCUGAGCGGCCCUGAGCUCAGGCACAGCACUACUGAGAAGCCAGCCCAACAUGUGCAAGUGAGUCCGGAUGAACGGCAGGUGCUCAGGGGGGAAGAUGUCCUUGGAGAAACCGGGAAACGGGGAGAGCCUGAGGAGGACGGGGAAAGCAGCAGCAUGGCAGGGGAGAGGACCCAUGCCCCAGGACAUGGGGAGAACCAGGCUCUGAACAACUUGAGGCCAGAGGCUGACAAACUGGACUAUGAUGACUAUGGUGAAACAGAGCAGGCCAUGGAGGAUUUUGACAUUUAUGAAGAAGCGGAGCACGAUCCACGCUCCUUCCAGGGGCGGAUACGACAGUACUUCAUUGCAGCAGUGGAGGUGAUGUGGGAAUAUGGGAACCAGAGACCCCAGCACUUCCUAAAAGCCAUGGACCCCUGGAGUGGCAGGAGGAAGCCUUUCCGACAGUACCGCAAGGUGGUUUUCCGAGAGUACUUGGACAGUUCCUUCACUCAGCCACUGAUACGGGGAGAACUGGACGAACACUUGGGCAUCCUUGGGCCGUACAUCAGGGCAGAAGUUGAAGAUGUGAUCAUGGUCAAGUUCAAGAACAUGGCCUCGCGGCCCUUCUCCUUCCACUCCACGCUGCAAGGCUACGAGGAGCUGCAGGGCACGGUGUCAGGCGAGGAGGCGGUGCAGCCCGGCGAGCUGCGGGACUACUCCUGGAAAAUCCUGCCCCAGAUGGCACCCACCACACAGGAGUUCGACUGCAAGGCCUGGGCUUACUUUUCCAACGUGGACCUGGAGAAGGACCUGCACUCGGGCCUCAUCGGACCACUCAUCAUCUGCCGCCAAAACGUGGUGAACCCUGUUUCCAGACGGCAGCUGGCUGUGCAGGAGUUCUCCCUGCUCUUCACCAUCUUUGACGAGACCAAGAGCUGGUACUUCCUGGAGAACAUGAAGAGAAACUGCCGCCCGCCUUGCCACAUCCAGCCGGACAACCCUGACUUUAGGAGAAACCAUUCCUUCCAUGCCAUCAAUGGCUAUGUGAGGGACACGCUGCCCGGGCUGGUGAUGGCUCAGCAGCAGCGGGUCCGAUGGCACCUCCUGAACAUGGGCAGCACCGAGGACAUCCACUCCGUCCACUUUCAUGGGCAGAUGUUCAGCGUCAGGACUAGCCAGGAGUACCACAUGGGAGUCUACAACCUUUACCCUGGUGUCUUUGGGACAGUGGAGAUGUGGCCCUCGCAUGCUGGGAUCUGGCAGGUGGAGUGCAAAGUGGGGGAGCACCAGCAAGCCGGGAUGAGUGCCCUCUUCCUCGUGUACAACCUGGAUUGCCAAAAUGCCCUGGGGCUGGCCUCAGGCCACAUUGCGGACUCCCAGAUCACGGCGUCGGGGCAGUACGGGCAGUGGGCCCCUUACCUGGCCAGGCUGGACAACACCGGCUCCAUCAACGCUUGGAGCACUGCCCACGGCAAUGCCUGGAUCCAGGUGGACCUUUUGCAUCUCAUGAUCAUUCACGGCAUAAAAACCCAAGGGGCUCGACAAAAGCUCUCCAGUCUCUACGUCUCCCAGUUUGUUGUCUUCUACAGCCUCGACGGGCAAAGGUGGAGGCAAUACAAGGGGAACGCCACCAGCACCCAGAUGCUGUUCUUUGCAAACGUGGAUGGAACCGCAGUGAAAGAAAAUCGCUUCAACCCCCCCAUCAUAGCCCGGUACAUCCGCAUCAACCCCACGCACUACAGCAUCCGGACCACGCUGCGCAUGGAGCUCCUCGGCUGCGACCUGAACAGCUGCUCCAUGCCCCUAGGAAUGGAGAGCAGAGGGAUCCCCGACCAGCGCAUCUCCGCGUCCUCCUACAGCACCAACGUCUUCUCCAGCUGGUCACCCUCCCAGGCCCGCCUCAACCUCCAGGGGAGGACCAACGCGUGGAGACCAAAGAGCAACAGCCCCAACGAGUGGUUGCAGGUGGACUUUGAAGCAACCAAGAAGGUGACUGCAAUCAUAACCCAAGGUGCCAAGGCUGUGUUCACCCACAUGUUCGUGAAGGAGUUUGCUGUCUCCAGCAGCCAGAACGGCGUGCACUGGAGCCCGGUCCUGCAGGACGGCAAGGAGAAGAUUUUCAAGGCAAACCAAGACCACACCGGCACAGUGAUGAAUGCGCUGGAGCCACCCCUCUUUGUCCGCUACGUGAGGAUACACCCCCGCCAGUGGCACAACCACAUCGCCCUGCGGAUAGAGUUCCUUGGCUGUGACACUCAGCAGGAGUACUGA